AUUCAGCGGUCAGGAGCUGCCGGCGAGGGGGAGCGGCAGGACGAAGAGCGCGACCCGUGCUGGGGGUGGGGCCGGGCGCAGUGGCGAGAGGAGCCGAAGGUGGCCGCAGCCGCAGCAGCGCGCAAGCAGCUCGGACCGGGACGCGACCCGGCGCGCAGGGCGGCCGCCGCAGGUCCCCGCUUCCCUUGCCGUGCUCCAGCCCUCCCAUGGCGGCCGCGGGGCAGCUGUGCUUGCUCUACCUGUCGGCGGGGCUCCUGUCCCGGCUCGGCGCAGCCUUCAACUUGGACACCCGCGAGGACAAUGUGAUCCGGAAAUCGGGGGACCCCGGGAGCCUCUUCGGCUUCUCGCUGGCCAUGCACUGGCAGUUGCAGCCCGAGGACAAGCGGCUGUUGCUGGUGGGGGCACCUCGGGCAGAAGCCCUUCCACUGCAGAAGGCGAACAGGACAGGAGGCCUGUACAGCUGUGACAUCACCUCUCGGGGACCGUGCACACGGAUUGAAUUUGAUAACGAUGCUGACCCCAUGUCAGAAAGCAAGGAGGACCAAUGGAUGGGGGUCACUGUCCAGAGUCAAGGUCCAGGGGGCAAAGUGGUGACAUGUGCUCAUCGAUACGAAAAAAGGCAACAUGUUAAUACAAAGCAGGAGUCUCGAGACAUCUUUGGGAGAUGUUAUGUCCUGAGUCAGAAUCUUCGGAUUGAAGAUGAUAUGGAUGGAGGAGACUGGAGUUUUUGUGAUGGCCGAUUGAGAGGCCAUGAAAAAUUUGGUUCUUGUCAGCAAGGUGUAGCAGCUACUUUUACUAAAGACUUUCAUUACAUUGUGUUUGGAGCCCCGGGUACCUAUAACUGGAAAGGGAUUGUUCGUGUAGAACAAAAGAAUAACACUUUUUUUGACAUGAACAUCUUUGAAGAUGGGCCUUAUGAAGUUGGUGGAGAGACUGACCAUGACGAAAGUCUCGUUCCUGUUCCUGCCAACAGUUAUUUAGGUUUUUCUUUGGACUCAGGGAAAGGCAUUGUUUCCAAAGACGAGAUCACUUUUGUAUCUGGUGCUCCAAGAGCCAAUCACAGUGGUGCUGUGGUUUUGCUAAAAAGAGACAUGAAGUCUGCUCAUCUCCUCCCUGAGUACAUAUUUGAUGGGGAAGGCCUGGCUUCUUCAUUUGGCUAUGAUGUGACCGUGGUGGACCUCAACAAAGAUGGGUGGCAGGAUAUAGUGAUCGGAGCGCCACAGUAUUUCGAUAGAGAUGGAGAAGUUGGAGGUGCAGUGUAUGUCUACAUAAACCAGCAAGGUCAAUGGAAUAAUGUCAAGCCAAUUCGUCUUAAUGGAACCAAAGACUCUAUGUUUGGAAUUGCAGUAAAAAAUAUUGGAGAUAUUAAUCAAGAUGGCUAUCCAGAUAUUGCAGUUGGAGCUCCCUAUGAUGAUAUGGGGAAGGUUUUUAUCUAUCAUGGAUCCGCCAAUGGAAUAAAUACCAAACCAACACAGGUUCUCGAGGGCACCACGCCUUAUUUUGGAUAUUCAAUUGCUGGGAAUAUGGACCUGGACAGAAAUUCUUACCCCGAUGUUGCUGUGGGUUCCCUCUCAGACUCAGUGACUAUUUUCAGAUCACGGCCUGUGAUUAACAUUCAGAAAACCAUCACGGUAACUCCUAACAGAAUUGACCUUCAACAGAAAACAGUGUGCGGGGCACCUAGUGGGAUCUGCCUCAAGGUUAAAGCCUGUUUUGAAUAUACUGCCAAACCCGCUGGUUAUAAUCCUUCAAUAUCAAUUGUGGGCACACUGGAAGCUGAAAAAGAAAGAAGAAAGUCUGGGCUGUCAUCACGAGUUCAGUUUCGAAACCAAGGUUCUGAGCCCAAGUACACUCAGGAGCUAACUCUGAAUAGGCAGAAGCAGCGGGCCUGCAUGGAGGAAACCCUCUGGCUGCAGGAAAACAUCAGAGACAAGCUGCGUCCCAUCCCCAUAACUGCAUCUGUGGAGAUCCAGGAGCCUAGCUCUCGCCGGCGUGUGAAUUCACUUCCAGAAGUUCUUCCGAUCCUGAAUUCCAACGAGCCCAAGACAGUCCAUACAGACGUGCACUUCUUAAAAGAAGGAUGUGGCGAUGAUAAUGUAUGCAACAGCAACCUUAAACUAGAAUAUAAAUUUUGUACCCGAGAAGGAAACCAAGACAAAUUUUCUUAUCUUCCAAUUCAAAAAGGCAUACCAGAAUUAGUUCUAAAAGACCAGAAGGAUAUCGCUUUGGAAAUCACAGUAACAAACAGCCCUUCUAAUCCAAGAGCUCCUGCAAAAGAUGGAGAUGACGCUCACGAAGCUAAGCUUGUUGCAACAUUUCCAGACACUUUGACAUAUUCUGCAUACAGAGAACUGAGAGCUUUCCCUGUAAGAAAACAGCUGAGUUGUGUUGCCAACCAGAAUGUCCAAGCAGACUGCGAGCUCGGAAAUCCUUUCAAAAGAAAUUCCAGUGUUACUUUUUACUUGAUUUUAAGUACAACUGAGGUCACCUUUGACACCACAGAUCUGGACAUUAACCUGAAGUUGGAAACAACAAGCAAUCAAGAUAAUUUGGCUCCAAUUACAGCUAAAGCAAAAGUGGUUAUUGAACUGCUUUUAUCGGUCUCUGGAGUUGCUAAACCUUCCCAGGUGUAUUUUGGAGGUACAGUGGUGGGUGAGCAAGCCAUGAAAUCUGAAGAUGAAGUAGGAAGUUUAAUAGAGUAUGAAUUCAGGGUGAUUAAUUUAGGUAAACCUCUUAAAAACCUUGGCACAGCAACCCUGAAUAUUCAAUGGCCGAAAGAAAUUAGCAAUGGCAAAUGGUUGCUUUAUUUGGUGAAAGUAGAAUCCAAAGGAUUGGAAAAAAUAGUUUGUGAGCCACAGAGUGAAAUAAACUUCCUGAACCUUAAGGAAUCUCACAACUCAAGGAAGAGACGGGAAAUUGCUGAAAAACAGAGAGAUGACAGCAGAAAAUUUUCUUUAUUUACUGAAAGAAAAUAUCAGACCCUGAACUGUAGCGUGAACGUGAAGUGUGUGAAUAUCAGGUGCCCACUUCGAGGGCUGGACAGCAAGGCCUCUCUUGUUUUGCGUUCAAGGUUAUGGAACAGCACGUUUCUAGAGGAAUAUUCCAAACUUAAUUACUUAGACAUUCUUGUGCGGGCUUCCAUUGAUGUGACAGCUGCUGCAGAGAAUAUCAAACUGCCACAUGCAGGCACUCAG